AAUAAUAAUAAUAAUAAUAAUAGUAAUAAUAAUACUUUAAGAAAUGAAGAAAUAUCAUUUUUUAAUACAUUAUCAAAAGAUUGGUGGAAUCCAGAGGGAACAAUGAAGCCAUUGCAUAGAAUGAAUCCAUUUAGAGUUAAAUAUAUCAUUGAUAGAUUAAAAAAUUCAAAUGAAAUCGUAAAGAACAAUUCAAUUCAAGAACCAUUAAAAGGAUUAAAUGUAAUCGAUGUUGGUUGUGGUGCUGGUUUAUUAUGCGAGUCUUUAAGCAGAUUGGGUGCUGACACUGUCAUUGGUUUGGAUGCUGCUGGCAAUAGUGUUAAAAUGGCUAUUUCCCAUGCCUCAUUAGAUUCAAAACUUGAUGAAAAUUUGAACAACAAUAAAUUAAAAUAUAUAGAAUCAACAAUUGAAAACUUUUUAAAUUUGGAAGAAUCAAAAAAUGGUUUUGAUUUGGUUUGUUCGUUGGAGGUUAUAGAGCAUGUAGAUAAUCCAAAACAAUUUGUAGAGCUAUUAACCAAAGUAUUAAAACCAGGAGGCAGUAUUUUCAUUUCAACAAUAAACAAGACAAAUCUUUCAUAUCUUACAACUAUUUUAGGUGCUGAAUAUCUUUUAAAACUAGUACCAGUUGGAACCCAUCAUUGGGAGCAAUAUGUAACUCCAAAUGAAUUAACUCAACAACUCUCAUUCAACAAUUGUGAAAUAGUUGAUGUUCAAGGUUUAUUUUAUAAUCCAAUUUCUUUUGAAUGGUCUUUUUCUGCAAAUAAAUCUGUAAACUAUAUAGUUCAUGCAAUUAAAAAG